AUGGACUCGAGCGCAACGGCGGAGUCCCCAUCCCUCCCAUGGAGGGCUUUAUCCAACACAACAAUGUGGGGAGUGGCGGGUCUAUGUCGCGGCUUCCUUUCUGUUUUCUGUCAUGCAGAAUGCCACGGGAAGGAAGCAUUCACGGAGCUGUUAGAUUCUCGACAUGACGUUUCGCAACGGAAGCGAGGAUUGAUUACAGGUAUGCCGAAACACAACAAUCUUGGAAAUUUCAAUAAGCCAGUGCAGUUGCUAAUUGAUUUAUCUGAAAAUAGUAUCCAAUCAUAUCAGCGUCCUCGGAUCGAGAUAACCCAUACUGCAAAUGUGAAGAUGGCUGACAUUGCGCCGGAAUACCAGAAUGGAUGA